AUGUUUUCCAUUCAGUUGUUGCUGAUAUUUUGGCAUUAUACAAUAGUAGAUGUUGCAAAGUUCCAAAUAGAUGGUCGCAUUGAUUUCGGUCCCAAAAUGCACUACAAGCUCCACAUAGCACAAGUCACCGAGGGAAUACUUAAUUUGGCAUUAAGAAAGAAUGACAUUACGAAUUUCAUUGAAAAUGUUUCAUCACUUAACGCGCCACCGAGAAAUGUGUCAAAUAAAAUCGUCAACAAAUUGCUGGAUCGUAUGGGUCUGCACAGCAAAAAUUCUCAAUCUCUGAGAAAUGAAAUUUCUUUAGCAAAUGCCGUACAGAAAGGAUUCAACGUCGAUGAAUUCAUUCAUAUCUGCAACGAGUACAAGAUUUGUAGAACUGGAAGAAGUUUUAGCGACUUUACAGCAGAAAUUUUGAGCAUGAUCUUAAGAACGGAUGACCGCAGUGUCAAGCAAGCCUCUGACGCUUUAACGGAGGGAUUCGAUUUGGAUAACAUGGACCGAUGUGUGGACACCAAUUUCGAGCAGCAGACGAUUUACCAAAUUUACCGAGCAUGCCGCCUUUGCGGUGCCGGUGCUGGAUACAAAAUGCCAAUUAUACAAAAUGUUGUGGACUUGGACGGACGCGAUGUAGAAUUGAGGCAGAAAAUUCGGGAAUGUGUACAAAUAGAGGUGAGCCAGGAUGACAAGAUGCCACCGCUCAUAUGCGAGCUGUGCGUGGACAAAGUGAACGACUUCUACGAGUUCUUUGAUAUGUGCAGACAGACCAACAAGAGGACACGGCACCGGCUCGGCCUGCCACCACAGACACUGCCACGGGGGGCGACGGACGACUGCAUACUGGGCCUCACCGAGCCAGUGUACGUCAACGAGGACUCCAACGAGCCCAUCUCCAGGCACAGGUCCAAAGUACAGAAGGCGAAGGUCAAGAAGGAACCGGAGUCAAAGAGCAAGGUGGUGGUGAAGGUCGAGGAGAAGUCGGUGCGUCGGCUGACGAGAGCCUCCGUGCCCAGCCCACCACCAGCACCGAGAGAGACGCGGCGGUCCGACGCGCAGCACGGAAAAAAAGCCCCGACCCCACUCAAGUCCAUACUGAAGAAGGAGAAAGAUAUAAAGGCGGAGGACAAUGGGCUGUCAAGGUCCAAGCGGUCCAGAGAGGACACCCCGGAGAUGCCCACGAAGCGAGUGAAAAUCGCGGCCAAGCCCGUCGUCAGGUCUGUCGCUAAGGCUGUCGCCAAGCCUAGCGCCAAAAAUGUCGCCAAGCCGAGCCCGAAGAACCACAGGGGUGCUUCGAACCCGGGGCCGCGCGAGCAACGGGCUCCGAGCGCCAAGCCGCACUUCGCCUGCCACAUCUGCGCCAAGGAGUUCCCGUCCUCCCUCUCGCUCGCCGUCCACCAGCGCAUACACCAAGUCAAGCAAUUGAAGAACAGCCGCUGUGUGACUAAGGAGACUAGGAGCCCCAGUAGAACGCGCGGUGGGAAAUGCGAUAAAUGCGGUCGGACCUAUCUGACGCGCAAGAACUUCCUACGCCACGAGAGUUACUGCACUUUCAAGAAGAAAGUGUCGCAGGCCGUCGUGGAGCCAGCGGUGCUGCGCUCGCUGCGCCGCGUGCAGGUGCGGGUGGCGCGCUGCGACGCGCUGCUCGCCGCCAGAGGACACUGCCGCGUCGCCGACCUGCCCCAGGAGUACGGCCUGGACCAGCGCUGCGUCUACCCUUACAUAUCGUCCGUGCGCAGCCUGCGCAUCAAGAGCGAGCCUGGCGAGGACUUCAUGGUGGACAUCGGGGAGGGGAUCAAGCAGGAAUUGGAGGACGUGGGCUACGUCCACUGGGACUCCGACGACAGCAGCGAUCAGGAAGACUCCGAGCGGGACUUCGCCCCCAAGAAGAGGACACCGGAGCCCCUCUCGACCCUCGCUCUGAAGACGGUCUUCUCGCAGCGCUGCCUCGGCAAGGUGCCGCGGAAGAGGAGGCGCAUCAAGGCGGAGAUGCCCGUCGCGGACGAGCCAGUAGACCGGUUCGACGACGUCAACGAUCUGGAGAGGAUAGGCGAAGCCAUCAGCGACAAGGUCGCGAGCAUAGACGGUCUUCUCGGCGACGUGGACGAUGUAGGUACGGUCGAGAAGACGGGGACGGAAGAAUGCAGAGCGCAGAAUAGCGGAGAGGUGGACUGUGGUGCCAGUGGUCUGAUGGAGGUGGUUGGUGGUGAUUGCUGUAGUGUCAAGUUAGAAAGUGUGGUGGGUGAUGCAACAGGUGAUGUAAGCCAAAAGUCAAUGUCCAGUUACAGUCCGCGUUUAGAGAUUAACGGUGAUGAGAGUAAUGCCGAGAAUGAAAUGGACGUCAGCGAAGAAGUCAACGGUGAGUUAUCGAAUACUAAUAUUAAGGAGAUAAAAACUGAGAUGAAUAUAUCUAUUGAUAAUGUUAACGAGUGUAUUGUAAAUAAUGAAGAAAAUAAUAUAGAAGUUGCUGAAAAAGAGAAGGUAGGAUCAGAUUGCAAUCAAAAAGAUAGUUCCGCAGAAGAUGGUGUGGCAACAGAUGAACCAAGUCAAGAAAUGGGUGAUAGUUAUGUAGACAGUAAUAUUGUUGUAGCCAGUGAAAGUAUACCUAAUAAGGAAGUGAGUAGUGAAAUCAAAAUAGAAGAAAACGAUUUAGCACAAGAGACUGACGACGCACAAACGGCAAGAGAUACAGACGCGGACGAAAUUAGCGCCGACGAAACGAGUCGAAACGUUGACGCCGAAAGAGACGGCGAAUCCGAGCGAAAGAGCAAUAUUCCUAGUGAGCGAGAUAGCAAUAAUUCCGAUGAGCGAGACAGUAAUGUUCCGGAUGAGAAAGACAGCAAUGUUACGGAAGAGAGAGAGAGCAAUGUCUCUGAUGGGCAGGAAAGCAAUUUUCCCGAUGAUCGGGAUAGCAAUGUUCGCGAUGAGCAAGACAGCAAUAUUCCCGAUGAGCGGGACAGCAACGUGUCUGUUGAGCGGCGUGGAAACAUUCCCGAUGGAUUCGAAACCGAAUGGCAGAGCGUUAUGGCGGAGGAGAUCGAGGCGGGGGACCGCGCCGCGUCCACCAACGGAAUCGACGCCGCUACUAAGCGGGAAGACGAGAUAAUGGACGAGUUCCACGCCAGUCAGGGUUACGAUGGAGGGAGAGCCGACGUGAACGGACGCGAGCAAAUCGACGCCGAACUGGAGGACCGCAGGCUGAUGGAGGCCCUGGACGCGCAGAUUGGCGAGUGCGAGGGGGACGGCGCGUGCGACAGGGACAAAAUCACACUGGCCGACUUACUGCCCGACAAGGCGCACGAGAAGUCGCUCGACUUGGACGGAAUGGCGGACGAGUUCGCCUUCGACCCU